AGGAGGAGGAGCAGGAGGAGGAGCGAGAGAGGGGCGGCCGAAGCACUGAGCGAGAGUGAAAGUAUUGUGAGAAGGCCUGACUAGUUAUAAUGGCUACCUGGGGCCGGCCACCCUCAUUCACCUCUCGACCGGCGGCAAGGAUGAGACUUUCAACGACAGCCGCGUUGACGACUCUGGUGGCGUUGGUGGCGGCGGCGCCCCUGCCGAAGGAGCACGCCGAGGACAACCUGGUGGAGGCCCAUGAGGAGGGGCUGCUGCUGCUGGUGCCCACCCUACCCGCCGACGGCUCAGGCGACAAGCAGGGAAAUGACAUAAAGAAAGAGGUUGAGUACGAGCUGAUCUCCAUCCCGAAGGAUGUACUGCGUCGAGAGGUCCGUCAGGUCGCCCAACUUUACGGAGCUCCCCACGACGACAGCAAAGAAGACCACGGGAACAUCAUCAUCUCCUCCAAGAGCAGCAGCAACAGUUACGGCACCACCCAGAACCCGCACUACGCCAUCGCCAACCUUCUGGCCACGGGGGCGCAGACAGCCUCAGGUCUCGUCGGGAGCCUCGGCCAGACCCUCUCCACCGUGGGUCUGGGCGCCAAGCAAGUGCUCUCCGACGUCGUGCCCGCCGCCGCCGCUGGAGGAGCUCAGGCCGCCAGGUGGAUUGCGCAGAACAAGGCCAAUGGAGUGAGGACGGCCGUGGACUUGGCAGGCAGUGGAUUGCGCUUCGCCGGCCAGCUCAGCUCCUCCGUUCUGCGAGUGUUGCUGCAGGUGCCGGGCAUCAAGGCGCGCGUCAUCGCUGAGAUCAUCCGUGCCAGUCAGCCGCUGAGCUACGCCAUCAGCGACGUUUUGGCCGAGAACUCCGACGAGCUGGCCGUCUUCCUAGAGGCCAAGAACGACAUCAUCCGCGAUGCGCUGGACAUCUUCAUCCGCCUCAUCCAGGACACGCUGGCCAUCAAGGGCAAGAUCCUCGCGCGCCUGGGCUCCUCGGGUCUGGACAUCGGCGCCGCCACCUUCAAUGCUGGGCUCAAGCUCGGCGGCGCCUUCGUGGAGUCUGCGGGAGGCAUCGCCACAGCCAUCGGGGGCGGUGUGGGAGAUCUGAUCCGCGUAGGAGCCUCCGCCGACUUCCCUCCACCUCCUCCCCUGCCGACCAUCAACAUCGCCUCCUUGCUGGACCUGACGAGGCUCUUUGCCCCCGCCCCCACCUACACCACCACCCUGAAGCCCCUCCCGCUGCCCUCCAAGCCAGCCGUCACCCCCGCGCCCUCCUACUCCUAUGACCCACCCACGUCGCCUUCCUACUCCUACAGCCCUCCUCAACAACCAUCAUUGACCUACGGCCAGCCUGAUCACUAGUCUGCCUAUCCUUGCUAGUGAUGUUGUCAUCCAAGGAAAGAUAACUCUGCCCGGCCCUGAGAUCUCUCCACUGCCACGUGACCCGGGAACAUGAGUUUGUUAUUGCCAUUCUCGCCAGUAAGCUAUUCGUUGUCGCGUACUUAUUCUUCAUCAAUUCAGCGCCUGCCAGUCUAGUUAACGACAGGCAAUCACUCAUAUGUGCGUCCCGCGGGGGCCUGGGGAAGGGAACCUCACACUCAGGUACUGCAGGUGGCCCUCCAGACGCUGCUCCCCUCCCCCAGCCCUCGCCGGCUUCUCGAGAGGCGAACAAACCCAGUGGGAGAAACGCCUGACGUCCAGUCGAGUGUUGAUGUCCAAGUCAGUGUAAACUAAGAAGCUCGUUGAUCACUCCUGUCAUGCGGAGCCACGUCCGAUCACUUCCUUGUUGCCUCGUUCGUUGUUCUUCAGAGCGUGAGUGUGCCCCGCCCCGCCACCCGCCUGUUCCCUGUGCGGUGACGUGGCUCGUGUGUUGUGUUGAGUGAAUGUGUGUGCGAAGGAUGCUCCUUCAUCCUCUGUCUUCACUCCUAACUUAAUAAUAUUCCCUCUUACUUCCUCUGUUCUUGCCCCUCUCCUGUAAAUAUUCCUUCAUCAGCAAUCAAGAUAGUUAUUUACGUUAUUAUGUUAUUAUAUAAUGUAGAGUGAGCGUGUCCAGUACCGUUCUUUAUGAAGACCAUAUAUUUUGUACUAUUGUAUACCUACCAUGCUAGUGUGUAAAUAGGUGGGACGCCCACGCGAGCUCGGCGCCCCUCAGCACACCAGGGCUUUAUUUAUUGGAGUGCGGGAGUGGGAAUGCAGGACUAAUUCAGUUUGUUUUUCCUGUUGUAUCAGACCUCAAGACGAUCAUGUGAUUUUUAAUAACUGUCAUACCAUAACCGCCUCAGCUACUCAUACGCCAUUCCAAAUUCACCUGUCAUGAAGUCAUCACCAUGUUGACUGAAAUAGUAUGUAAUAAAGUGUCUCAAUCCAACCCCCCCCGUGGCCUGCCUCCCCCCUGCACCCGGGAGGGCAGGGCAGCGCCACCACCACCACCAAUCCCUAGGUGCCGCUGCAGGUCCGAUCACGCUUUUUGUCUCCCGCCGUCAACGGUGCCUGUUACCUGUUUCAUAAACCUGUUACUAGUGA